UCAUGCGAGACGGUGUGGUGCGGGCGCCAAGCGGCGGCGGAGCGCGCGGCGGAGGGUGCUUGUGUCUGGCGCUGCUGCUGCUGACGGCGGGCGGCGCGCGCGCGCUGCGCUGCGAGCGCAUCAACAUCCCCGCGUGCCAGGGGCUCGGCUACAACCUCACCACCAUGCCCAACGUGCUGGGCCACGAGGACCAGAUACAGGCCGAGAGAGCGCUGCAGGCGCUGCUGCCGAUGGUGCACUACAACUGCUCGCGGCACACGCGGCUGUUCGUGUGCUCGGUGUUCGCGCCGCUGUGCACGCCGCAGGUGGCGGGCGCCGGCGUGGCGGCGUGCCGGUCGCUGUGCGCCGCCGUGCAGCGCGACUGCGGGCCCGUGCUCGCCUCCUUCAGCCUGCCUUGGCCCGCCGCGCUCGCCUGCGACGGCUUCCCCGAGGCGGGCCUCUGCAUGCACGAGCCGCCGCCCGCCAACAACACGCCCGCGGCGCACGCCUGCCCGCCCAACUUCGUGCGCGCUCGCGACUCGCUGGGGGCGGUGACGUGCGCGCCGCGCUGCGGCCGCGACGCCUACUACCGCGCAGAGGACAAGCGCUUCGCCGAGACGUGGAUGACCGGCUGGGCGUGGCUCUGCUUCCUGUCCACGCUCUUCACGCUGCUCACCUUCUGGGUGGAGCCCGCGCGCUUCCGCUACCCCGAGAGGCCGGUCAUCUUCCUCGCGCUGUGCUACAACCUGCUGGCGCUGGGGUACAUCGUGCGCGGCGCGCUGGGCGCGGCCGCCUUCAGCUGCGUGCAGCCCCCGGAGGCGGCGCUGGGGGCGGCGGCGGCGGCGGGCGCGGGCGCGGGCCACGUGGCGACGGACGGGCUGGAGUCGGGCGCGUGCACGCUGUCCUUCCUGGCGCUCUACUACUUCUCGCUGGCGUCUUCGGCGUGGUGGCUGGUGCUGGCCGCCUGCUGGUUCCUGUCGGCCGCCAAGAAGUGGUCGUGCGAGAGCCUGCACGCGCUCGCCACCUACUUCCACCUGGCCGCCUGGGCGCUGCCCGCCGUGCUCGCCGUCGCCGCCCUCCUGCUGCGACACGUCGCCGCCGACGAGCUCACCGGCCUCUGCCAGGUGUCGGAGUCGGCCGCCGUGGCGCUGGUGGUGGUGCCGCAGGGCGCGCUGCUGCUGGCCGGCGUCGUGUUGGCAGCCCUGGCGGGGGCCGCCCUGCUGCGCGUGCGCGCCGCCGUCAAGGUGGCGGGCCGCGGCGCGGGCGCCGGCAAGCUGGAGCGGCUGAUGACGCGGCUGGGCGUGUUCUGCGCGCUGUACGCGCUGCCCGCGGCCGGCGCGCUCGCCUGCCUGCUGUACGAAUCGUGGCACCGGCCGCGCUGGCGCGCGCUCGCGCUGCUGCACGCGCUCGACUGCCGCAUGGCCGCCGCCACCGCCGCCGGGCCCGCCGCCCCCGCCGGCUGCCAGCCGCAGCCGCUGCCCGCCGCCGCCGCCGUCGAGGUGGCGCUGCUGCGCCUCUUCCUGUCGCUCGUCGUCGGCGUCACCUCGGGCAUGUGGGUGUGGUCGGGCAAGACGUGCCGCGCCUGGUCCAAGCUGUUCACGGCGCCUCGCAAGGCCCACCAGCACCACGCGCUGCCGCUCGCCAGGACGCCCGCCUCCGGCUCGCUGCACGUCUCCAGGGUCUGACUGCCCGAGCACUGCGAGUUUCUCCGGGGCGCGGCAUGUACCGCCGAUCGGCCCUCUGUAUGCACCUACCGACUACCGCGCUACACUGCGCGACGUUAUACCGGCCAGUGGUGUGUUCGAAGUAAAGUACGGAGAUAACCGCAGUACAUUUCAGUUCUCGGAGUAUAAAAGCCGGCUCUGGAUGUAGUACACACUGGUGGGGUGAGAAUUAGCACGACCCUUCGGAUGCAUCGAGGCUUCUCUUCCAGUCUACGGCAUCGUCACCUGUACGAGACAUUGACCUCUCUUGCACAGAGCAAAGCUGUCCACUCCAGACUGUUACCAGUUUACAUUUUCACCAUAUACACUGUGCCUACAGCAGUUCCUCUCAGUGGGUAACCCCUGAAUUCCUUUGGAAAUACUGAUCAGCUCUGAUAAUUUAUAUGACACGAUUGGUCUCACUACAAAACCCUAAUUUUCUUACAGUAUGAUGUGAACACUAUACUGUGGCAGUUUUAGGUGGGGAGUGUUUCGAAAUACGGUCGCGUAAGAUACUGAUACAGUUCACGCCUGAACGACCACUGCCGACUGCAGCAAACAUUUGCACUAUAGCCACUACUGAACACUUUGUAUACUUCAAUUGCUUUGUGUUGUGGCUUGAUUUUUUUUCUAAUUUUGAAAUGAGUGAAGAAACUAAUCCUGCUGCAUAAAGGGAUUCGAAUGCAACUUUCAUUACAACAGGAGGAAUUAACAAUCCCUAUGAUCAUUAUUACAAUUCUGCUUUCGUGGAGGCACAGAAAGCAGACGUAAGAUUGGCAAUCCUUCGAUAAGGAGGUAGGCUUGUUGCCCCGCAACGCUCCUCUCCUCUUUGGAAAUCUAAGGUCUCGUUUGUUUAUGUUCGCAGCCAACUGCCACGAUAUACUGUCCGCAUAAUACGUCCGUAUAUUUUAAAAAAAAAACUUGAAUCUUCUGUUUACAUUACCAGCAAUACAACUGCUUACAUAUUCGUUUUCUUGCAAGCUGAAUAACUGAGUUCAUUUCAUGUAAGGUUAUUACACAUUCCUCAUGUUACUAAAGUGGAGUCACUUCCUGAGCAUCUUCUUGACUCUUGGAAGAUUUACUUUGUGUGAUACCCCACAUAUUUACAUACAGUGUAGUUGAAGUAAUGUUGCAAUGCUUUUUCUAUUAAUUUGGCUGACAUGUGGGGUUGCUAGUAAGUAAUGCAGAUCAGCAUAAUGGGGAACCUCUAAAUUAGUAUCUUAUGCAAAGGGCUGGUUAAAAAGUAUCUACAGCUUGUGUGAAUUUUACUGUGGGGUGCCUUUCAGUUGUUACAAUUUGUUUGUAGAAAAUAAUGAUGCAUUGUUGCAUUGCACAUAAUUAAAUUAUACUGCUCUGUCAUUUUUGUUUCAUUAACAAGUACUUCAUCAACAGGUUUCUGUGGUCAUAAUUUUCUUGCUCUGCAUUAAAAUUUGUUAAUAGAAAAUUAUGAUGCUUUGUUACAUUGCACCUAAUUAAUUAUACACUGCUCUCUCUCAUUUUUGUUUCAUUAACAAGUACUUCAUCAACAGUUUCCUAAGGUCAGAAUUAUUUGCUGUAAAUAAGAUCACAGUAAAGCCUUCCACCAUUCUAUGUUGGUGUAACUGUGUAGACUGUACAACUCAAAGAUGUCUGGUUCAGCAGUUGUUGCACUGUGAAGACAUGAAUCAAGUACCUGCAUAUAUUCCACAGGAUUUUUUUUUUUUUUUUCAUUUAUCUUCAUAAUGUCUGUGAUGAGUCAUUGAUAUUUCUGCAGUAUGAGUAAAAAAUGGAGAAAAAUAUUUUGGAAAUGUUUAGAAUUGUUCAUUACCAGGAAUGUGAGAUGUGUAGAAGAUUGGAAUUAUGUGGUAUACAUUUUAGAGACAUGGCCUACCUGUAUAUAUAGUGUGUAAAAAUAUAGUGUGAAGAAUGUACAAAAAAACAAUUUCUUUGAAAACUUGUACAUAUUUUCCAAAAAUACUCUAGUUAUGUUUUUGUCACCAGCAAUACUACUGCCUAUGUAUUUUUCAUACAUUUGUUGUUAUUAAUAUUGUAAUAUUAAUGAUACAGUAUUUUUAGACCAACAUUUUAACACAAAUUUCCAAUGAAUGUAUUUUUAAUAUUUGUAUACUUACAAAGAAACUGCUGAAGUUACUGCUUGCUUUCACCAACAAAAACUGAGUGAAGUGAUGCAAUGAUUAAGACAGUUUAAAUGCCUAUGUGCCCAUCCAGAUUUAGGUUUACAAUGGUUUCCCUAAAUCACAUAAUUGCUUUGGAAAGAACACCGCUGAUUUCCUUCCCCAAUCCAAGCAUGUGCUCCACCUCUAAUCACCUAGUCAUCAGUGGGAUAUUAAACCCUUAUCUUCCUUCCCUUUUUAAUAAUAAGAAUAACAGAAAUUCUGUUUGUCAUUUUGUUACCUUUCGAAAGGGUUGCAGACCUUCCAUGCUGUGAUGGAGGAACACUGAGCAGUCUUUAUCUCUUUUGUGAAACACAAAAUAGAAAAGAAAUUUCACUGAGGGCACCCUCCAGUGCCUAUUAUAUCUGAUGGGCAAACAUGGUUGGGGGCUGACAAUUUAUGACUGUAGUCACCAUCUUGGCAUAAAUAAAUUCUGUUAGUGUUGGGAUGCAGGCUGCUAUGAAGCUUACAUCCCUGCUACUCUUCCAGACUCGCGUCACAUUUGGAGUAAUAACAGAAUGUUGUCACAAUGGUGUUUAGCAAAAUGGUCUUUAGAACACUUAUGAUACAUGUUUCGCCACCAAACUAGCCCAGGCACAAGAAAUUAGAAAUGAGCCUCUGCUGUAACUGCUGGCAGACACAUGGCAUGAGGUAUAUCAUUCAGCUUGACAUGUGUUAAAGCCCAAUGCUGACAAGAUUCCUCAAUGUUGAUUGAAGGGUGGGAGGUUCAAUAUUGCAUAAGGAAUGGUUGUGCAUUUUAGUGGGCACAUUUUUUUCAGGCUCCCUUACACUAGAUCAGUUCUUGAAGUUGAAUACAACUUGGAUCCAUUCUGGCAUACCUUGCAUAGUGAUAAAUAACUAGCAAAUUUCUAAGUCAUACUAUGAAACCAUUCUUUUGGCGAAAAUGUGCCUUAUUUCAAACAGGACUAGAACCCUGGUGGAAAAUUGAUGCUAGAGGCAGUGACUAACAUGCACUUAGAAGUUUGAAAUUCAGUAAGUACCUGUAUAAGAUAUUUGGCUCAAUUGAACUACAUGAACAGGGUACCUGCUGUGUAUGCAAAAACCAACCAGGUGAUUAUUAUACAAUCAUGCUUCUAUACUGCCUAGUUUGUGUCAAAUACAUAACAGAGGGCACUUGUGACUCAACAUGACAUCUAAUACUAUGAUAACAACCUCAUGCAGAUCUUUAAUUGUGAAUAAAUUGCAUUAACCGAAAAAGAUACCAAUUUAUACCUUCAGAGUCACAUCUUCUCAUUCAAUUAAAAAAGUUCCUGUGUUAGCAAGUGCUACACUCUGCUAUUAGGUAAGUACGGGGAUAAGGAACAGCAGAUCGGUGUGUUGUUCGCUAGUCCUUCAGAGCCUACAGAAUCAACAGGUCACCAUCAUUUGUUUUACAACAGUAUUCAUCAUAUUAAAAUAUUAAAGUACCUAUGGCAAACAGUGCCUUAAAUUGUAUCAUAAACAUAUAUAACAAUUUUAUUGUGAUGGUUACAUAUUCCAUCACUUAGCAAACUCUCUGUUAGAGCUCCAGUGCAUUCUUCUGUAUGACAAUGUACAGCGUACCACAUUUAUAAAAAGCAAUAUUUUGUAUUAAUAUUUUUAUUUGCUGUGUGAUGUAUAUUUGGUCCAUACAGAAGACAUUUUGAUUCACUAGGUUUUUUUAUGGGCAAGUGGAAGCUGCUUGUGACACAAUGACUGGUAAAAGACUGUAAUUUUCUAUACAGUGUGUUGUUAAAAUGUAUUAUCUUGUAAAUAUUUUGUACAUACUUUUAAUUUUGAAUCUAAAUAAAGCUUCUACAGAAGUGAAA